AGCGCCGCCCGAGCGUGGUGACGUCGUGCGGGGGCGGAAAGUUUGGGAGAAGAGCGCGGGAGUUGAGAAGGGUCGGCUACAUCCGGGAAAGGCCUUGAGAUUGCCGUUCCGCCGCCAGUUGCUCCUUGGGAAUCUGGGGCAGCUCCCCAAGAGUUUCCAGUACCGCCUGCUACCUCGGAGUGCCUCUCUGCCUCCCCGGUGCCCAGGUUCCUGGUUUCAGAGAAGAUGACAGAGGAACUGGACCCCACAGCACAGGACUCUGAUGGGGGUAGUGAAGAGGUGGUCCUGACUCCUGCAGAGCUCAUUGAAAGCCUGGAGCAGGCCUGGAUGAAUGAAAAGUUUGCCCCUGAGCUGCUGGAAAGCAAGUCUGAAAUUGUAGAAUGUGUCAUGGAACAGCUAGACCACAUGGAAGACAAUCUCAGGAGAGCCAAGAAAGGGGACCUGAAGGUCAGUAUCCAUCGAAUGGAGAUGGAGAGGAUCCGCUAUGUCCUUAGCAGCUACUUGCGAUGUCGGCUCAUGAAGAUAGAGAAGUUUUUCCCUCAUAUCCUCGAAAAGGAGAAAACAGCCCACGAAGGGGAGCUAUCUAACCUUUCUCCAGAGGAGCUGGUCUUUGCCAAACAGUACAUGGCUAACACAGAGACGUACCUCAAGAAUGUUGCCUUAAAGCAUAUGCCUCCUAACUUACAGAUGGUGGACCUCUUGAGGUCAGUUCCCAAACCAGAUCUAGAUUCAUACGUGUUUCUGAGAGUAAAAGAACGACAGGAAAACAUACUGGUAGAACCAGAAACAGACGAGCAGAGGGACUAUGUGAUUGACUUGGAGGAAGGCUCACAGCACUUGAUCCGUUAUAAAACCAUUGCACCUCUGGUGGCUUCUGGAGCUGUUCAGUUGAUUUAAAAUCAAAAAUAAAUAAACAAGAAUGAUGGGCUGGAACCUUAAAGGAAAUAUUUAGAAACUUCUUCCCACUUUGUCUCUCAGGACAGCAGAUCUCCUCCGCAGUGCUGUGGAUCCCUUGGGCAUUGAGAAGGAGCUCAAGGACCUACCUGGCCACACAACCUGACUGCUGUUUUAGCCACAGUCAGUAGAUGGAGCCAUCGCUCUGCUGAUUCCACAUGCUGGGCAGGGACCUGGAGAUUCUCCCUUUAUGCGCCUGUUCCAACAGAAGAUAAAAUAUCUUCUAGGGUAUCUCACUGGACUGUGUGAAGUAACCUUCUGAAACCUCUCAUAUUGGACUUAUAAUAGUUUCUGUCCUGGCUAACUGAGAAUCACAACUAAACCAAUAAACCAUUAUUAAGUUUCUGUUUUGUGGCAGAAGGAGCCUCGGGGCAGUUCUCAUUUUGUAGCCUAAUGAAGGAUGUUCUCCCUGCUGCUAAGCUGCAGCCCUUCCCUGAAUCUCAGGCAGCUUGGCCAAGCCACCCUCCAGGCCAUCUGGCCAUUCUUGGCCAGGAAUGUUAACAGCAACAUUAACUAUCCUAUCUUGUGACCUCAGCAGCGUUUCUGUUUUUAGCUCUACUUUCUCAAGGGAAGUGGAUGAAAUUAAACUAAUAUGAGGGGUAUCACAGGGAUACCUGAAGGGAGGAUGUAGAGACAGUGAAUGAAUCGUCUUUUCCUUAAAACGUGAGAAAAAGGAACCUGCAUUCCAGUCCUUUCUUGCUGACGAGAAAGCAGCAGAUUUUCGUUUAUAUGAUGUAGGCUUUUAGAGUAAUCGAUGUAAUAUGGUUAUCAUUUCCAAGAGAAAUCACAAAGUGGAAGCAAGGAAGGUUUUAUUCAUUAAUAAAAACAUUUUCUAUUUCA